AUGAGAGGGAGAAGGAGAAAGAGGAGGAGGAUGAGAAGCAAGAGGAAAUGGAAGGGAACAAGGAGUAAGAGAUGCAGAAGAAGAACUAGAAGAGGAGGAAGAAGAAGAAUGAGGGAAGAGAAGGAAAAGGAAAAGGAUGAGAAGAAGGAGAAACGGGAAAAUCGAUGGAAAAAAGGAAGGAAGAUGAGUAGAUUGAGGAAGGAGGAGUGGCAAGAGGAGGAGGAGAAGAAAAUAAGGAUAAAAAGUAGGAGGAUAAGACUGAAGAAAGAGGGGGAGGAGGAGGAGAAAGAAGAGGAAAAGUUAGAGAAGAGGAAGAGAUGUAGAAGAAGGAGAAGGAGAAAUACAAAAGGAGGAAGAAGAAGAAGAAGAAAAAGUAGAAUGAGGGAAAAACAGAAGAGCACGGAGAAAAGGAUAAAAAUGCAAAUCGGCAGGAAAAAGAAAGGAGAAGAAAAAGCGACAGGAAGGAGAGAGGAGAAAGAGAAGGACGAGGAGAAGGAGAAUGAGGAAGAACAAGAACAAGAAGAAUAA